UGCCCAGUUAUACGGCAAAGACUAUAGAGUGUUGAAUCCGUUUUAAAUUGAAAAGUUUUGGUCUUUCAUCGAAGCGAAAGCAACGCGAACUCUUUUAGUUUAAUAGUUGCGAAUGUGAACACGUCUACGUUGUCGAUUUUUCAAGAGGACUCAACACUUAAAGACGAUUCAACCCCAUUGUAGAUGGUUUGGUUUGAGAGGUCCCACGUACCCUACACCUGUCAAGGAAGAGCAAAGAUGAGCGAGCCACAGGAGGCCCUCAUCCACUAUGAUGUACCACCUGAGAGCAUCUAAGCCAGAGUCUGAGAGGGACUCCGGUUUCUCAGAUGCCAGCUCUGGGUACCUGAGUGCGAUGGACCAAACUGACUCUGAGGACAUGGUGAGGGCCCCAGGUCCCCAGGUGGCUGUAGCCGGAGGAUCCUACCCUGGCCUCUCCCCCAUGAUCAUCAUGAACAACAUAGUCCUGAAUCUGCCAAGCCCAAUGUCUCCAGUAGUAAAGCCCUGGGGCUUCCCUUCCUCCCUGGAGAUUCUCCCCCAGUCCCAGGUGGUCCUCCUCCAUCCCAUGGUCCCCAACGGCAGCAACAACAUCAGUAACAACAUCUCUCCAAAGCGUUCCUCAGACAAGCACCGGGACUCAAGGAAUAACUACCUGCCCAUACUGAAAUCCUAUCCCAAAAUCGCCCCUCACCCUGGGGAGAGCUCCUCCAGGAGGCAGGGGGCCUCUUCUGCUGAGAGGGGAAGUUCAACGCCUGGGUAUCACGGGAGGCGUAACCGGUGGUAUCGUCACCAUGGCAACAAACUGUACAGCUCCCAUAGCCCCCAGCCAAGGCCUCUGACACCCCUCCAAACAGUGGCCACCUUAGAGGUUGUUGACAAACAAACACAGCUAGCCAGCUCUCAGAAGCUGCCAAUACCUCAGUUCCUAGGCAUGCCUCACUCCCUGGGCACUGAGGCCACUGCUGUAGUCUCCAAUAAAUGUGCUUCUGUGUCGGAGGCGAGCAGUUGCCAGGGCGACAACGACCGCUGCCAAGACGGCCUGUCCACAGACAACAACAAAGGUAAACGCUUCAGCAACACCUACAACAUCCUCAGCAACUCUGGCCUGCUGGGCAUAACGCUACGCAUCAAGGAGCUGAUCAGGCAGAACCGGCGCACCCAGGGCCAUUUGAAGCAGCUGCAGGAGCAGACAGAUCUGUUUGUGGAGGCCCUGGGCAGUGGUGACCCCCUGGUCUGGACUAGGCUCCAGCUGACCCUGCAGCUAGACACAGACUCUGCCAGGGCUGAGGAGGUGCAGUGUCAGGCCAUGGAUCCACAGGGCAUCCUGGCAUAAGACACUAGCAGAAAGAGGUGCAUGGAUCAUAAGCACACCUGCUGUAAACCAGUACAAAUGGAGAAACGUGCUUAACCCUUGAACCCUUGCCUAUAAUCAGUGUUCUGUUUAAAUAACAAGUACUGCUUGCAAUAGGGCUAUGGCUUCUAUAUUAAUACAUCUAUCAAUACAUGCAGGGAAUAGAUAUGGAUAAAAUAAUACAAUGAAUUAAUCCGUACCUGGCCAGAACAGUAACUGCUUUAUUAUGGGGGGGAAAUCACUUUAUGACAUCGAUAAUCAUUUUUGGGACCAAAUUGUAAAGAGGAUCUAAGUACACCAGACAUUAGAGGUUUGUGUACAUUUAAAAAUUGCUUUAAAAACUUUAACCAAUGAGGAGAGAUUAGGAAGAGCUCUAAGAAUAUUUCAUAGUUGAUCGUAUUUAGUCAGAGAAUAUUUUAGCUAGUCUAGCAAUAUGUCCUCUUCAGUAUUUGUCAGUACUAGACUAUCGCAGCGCUCAACUGUAUAUUACUGAUUGUGAUUCUUUAGAGGGCUGUACAUAAAUCUUUUGUAUUAUUAUUAUAUAUUUUUUUAGGUAUGUACAUCUAGUGAAAUAUGGCCUUGUUGAUGUUGCUAUUUCUUUUAAACCAGCCUUUGAAUUAGGACAACAUCAAUAACUGAAUAGAGUACAGUUAAACACCAUAGUUACAAUGCGUCUUCUAUUAAUUAAAGACCAAAAAAAUGAAUGCCUGUUAAAUGCAGAAAAUUAUAGCUACUGAAGUGACGGCACCCAUUCUUAUGUAUGUUAUUGAAAUACUGUCUUGCAUUAUACACUGAACAAAAAUAUAAACGCAACAUGUAAAGUGUUGGUCCCAUGUUUCAUGAGCUGAAAUAAAAGAUCUCAGAAAGGUUCCAUACGCAAAAAAGCUUCUUUCUCUCAACAACAAAAAAUGUCCAGCCCUGUUAAUGAACAUUUCUCCUUUGCCAAGAUAAUCCAUCCACCUGACAGGUGUGGCAUAUGAAGAA